UUUGAUACCCUGUUCCAUUAUUUGGAAAUUAAUUUGUCUAUCAAGAAAUGAUGAGAGUCUGCUAUAUUAAUAAUCCGUGUAAGUGAGUUUCUCCAUGUGAAACAGCAAAUGGCCGGUUUAUCGAGGAAUGAGAAGCAAUUGGUAGCUGAGAAUAAUCAUCGCCGGGUGAUGAUAAAUGGCCAAGAAUAUAAGGUGGAGGACUUCUGGGAUCAAAAUAAAGGAAGUGAACAACUUAUGAAAGAUCUAGUUGAGGCAAUUCGAAAACAGUUAGAUUUGGAGGGAAUUGCCGGAGGGAGUACUAGUAAUUCAGGUAAAAGUCCCAAACCCAAAAAUGCAAGACGUCAAUCGGAACCAAAGGACGCGUCACCACCGCCAUGGCUUCAAAACAGAGGUGGUCAAUAUGAAGGACUUGGAGACGGACCGUGGAACCAAGCGGCUAGACAAUAUGGAUAUGACCAGCCAUCGUUUCCAAAUUUAGGUGGUCAUGAUGAAGGGCUUGGAUACGGGAAAUGGGACCAAGUGGCUGGACAAUAUGGAUAUGCAGGACCUGGACCAGUUGAAUUUUAUAUAGUCGUGGGGGGUUCUAGACAAACCAUGUUCUUAGUGAUCAUCCUUCUCUUCAUCAUAUUAUGCUUGGUGAUAGUCAACAUUGGAAACAUCUUGGCACUAAAAAGCAAGCCUUAAUUAUUUUCCGACCAUGUAAUUUUUCAGGUAAUGUUAGUUUCUUGUAGGAUCGAGCAAGAGAGAGGAGAGUACACGCGGAAAUAAUAAAACGAUUACAUUGAUAAUCAGUUUUGGUGUACAUUAACUCAUGGCUAAAGAGCC